GGUGAAUCGGUCGGUAAUUCUCGAAAUUGAUUACGAGAAAGAAACAAAAAAAAAGGUCCAAGGGGCAAGGCGACACCUACUUCAUUUUCACGUAAGUGUUCUCUUCCCCACACUCUCUCUCACACCAGUCAUUAGUAGCCGUAGAAGAUUCCGACGUUAUCUUCUUUUUUUGUAGUCCUCCCCCUCCUCCUCAUCCAUCGCUCUCUAUCUGAACACCAUGAUGAGCUUUUCGAGCACAUCCCCGGCCGACCCCUCCGCCGCGGCGGCGAGCCGGAGCGGGAGCGGGAGCCGCCUCGCGAACACCGUCUUCUCCUACGACGGCAAUGUCAUGCUCGCCGCCAUCAUCUCCCUCCUCCUCGUCAUCCUCUUCGUCCUCCUCCUCCACUUCUACGCCAAGUGCUUCCUCUCAUCCUCCUCCCACCGCCGCCGACAACGACGGCUCCGCCCCCCUCCUUCCUCCGCCGUCCUCUCCGCCCGCGACGCCGACCUCCCCUCGCCAUCCCCGCCUCGCCCCGCGUCCAAGGGCCUCGACCCCUCCACCAUCUCGUCCAUCCCUUUCUUCGUCGCGCGGCCCGGCGGCGGCGGCGGCGGGGAGAAGGACGAGGAGUGCGUCGUCUGCCUGGGCGGCUUCGAGGAGAACGACGUCGGCCGGAGGCUGCCGGAAUGCGGGCACGGCUUCCACGUGGACUGCAUCGACACGUGGCUCCGCUCCCGCGCGAGCUGCCCCAUCUGCCGAGAGCCAGUCGUCGCUGAUACUCGCAAGGAGACGGAGAACAAGAACAAGCUCGCGGCGGCGGCGGAGGAUGCCAAUUCGGACGGCUCGGCGCAAGAAGGCGGGGACGCAACGGUUCAAGAAGAGACGGGUUCGGGUCUGACCGAGAUUGCGAUCGACAUUGUCCACGACGGCGGCGGCGGCAACGACGACGACGACGACGACGACGUCGGGGGCAGCCCGUCGUCCUUGCAGUUACAGCCGUCGUCGUCGUCGUCGGCCGCCCGAUCCCAGCAACCGGCGACGACCCUCGGCGGUUCUCUGAAGAGAAUGCUGAGCAGGAACAGAGCAGAGAGCAAGAUUCACCCGUCGUCAGCACCGUCGCCGUCGUCGGUCAACAUCAACGAACCGGAACCAAACGCUUCGUGUUAACGUUCAUUCAGCAAUUCGACACGACGAGAUCCCUUUUAGUCCCUCCGAAAAGAUGUCCAAGACCCCACGAUCCAAUCACGCUUUCUUGCUCGAUCCCACUCUCGAGGCCGGACCGAACUUCAAGUUUUUCAACGGCAUCAUGUUCGUCUCUGCAGAUGAAGCAGUUCAGGUUUGACUCGACACUCGACAGCCGUGGAAAACCAGAGGUUUAGGAGGGACGUUAGGUGAGUUUCUUGCAUUAAUUUAAGGAGGAAACCGGAAACCCACGACCCCAGGAGGCCAUGAUCGUGAAGUCAUACGUUAGGCUGUAAUCAUUUUUCAUUUUCGAGUAAAUUAAGGGUUCGGUUGAACGGAGCAUCGUAUA